GACUUUUGCUCAGUCGCUGUAUUUGCUUUACACAUCCACCACAAUGAGCAGCAACCCGGAAGGGACUUCUGCGCGAUCACUGCCUGCGCUCGAGAACGAGAGCGAGAGCACCACAGCCGCUACUGCGCCCACGACCACUACUUCUACUACUUCCACUGCUGUUGCUAAUGCGAAUGCUGGUGGCUCAGCAGUGGCGCGCACGACGGACGCGGGCCAUAAUGCAGCGACCAUUGUCUGCCGCUUCUGCCAAUGCAAGGUCUUCCUCGCUGGCGUCGCGUCGCAUGUUGCGCUGACAGACCCGAUCUCGCUGCCACUCAUGCUGCAGCCCAAGGACAGCCCGACAGUCAUUGAAUCGCUCGAGGCUUCGUUCUGGCGCCUGGGCAACCAGAUGGACUUUGAGAACGUCACUGUUGCUCGUAAUAUGCCUGGCACCACUUUCAAGUACCUUGCGUGUGGAGCUUGCGAGAUUGGACCGUUCGGAUACUUUGACAAUGCCGUCCAACCGCAUCAGUUCUUUGUCGCUGUCGGCCGCGUGCAAGAGCACCAGCCAUGAUGUUGCUACUACCUGGUGCAAUCAUGACUGAUUCUAACAGGCAUGCACGUUACUCCACUCUGCAUAGCAUGCAAAAGUGGACGAAUGGAGGGCUUUCGAUGCGUGGAAACUGAAUGGCUGCCAGGCAUGACAUUGGUUGUUUGUAGGACUUGGUUCAAUGUACAUUAAGAUAAAGCAAUAUAUGCUUGCAACGUAGG